ACGACGACAUAGCAAAGACCCCAAAAUCCAGGUCUUAGCGACCCCACCGGGCACCGGCCCAUUUGAGCCACCCAGGGCGCCUCGCUGCCUCCACUCCCUAUGCGCGCCUCGUGAGCUCUCUCGUAGUCUCGUAUGCCGGAUGGCUGGAUCGAUCCCCAUGGGCGCCUCCACUCCUAGCCACCAUUUCGCCUCCUCUUCCUUCCUCACCAAGCGCACCGUCGCCGUGGCGCUCUACGCGCUCAUCCCCCUCGCCCUCCUCCACUACCUCCUCACCCUUCCUCCCCCUCUGCCCCCUCCUCACACCACCGCCGCGGCACCCUCCUCCCCGUCGCCGUCGCGCCAGGCGAAUGCCUCCGCUGCUGCAUUGCCAUCACCGGAGGCUUCGGCCGCGCGGUGCGACUACUCGGACGGGGAGUGGGUGCGGACCGUGGCGGGCCCGCGGUACAGCGGGGCGAGCUGCGGCGAGACCAUCAAGGCCGGCCAGAACUGCGCGGCGCACGGGCGGCCCGACACGGGGUACCUCCGCUGGCGGUGGCGCCCGCGCGGGUGCGCGCUGCCGCCGUUCGACCCCGCGCGGUUCCUGGGCGCGGUGCGCGGCCGGCACGUGGCCUUCGUGGGCGACUCGCUCGCGCGGAACCAGUGCGAGUCCCUCGUCUGCCUGCUCGCCUCCGCGUUCCCGGCCCGGCUGGUGCGCGGCGCCGGCGGGGGCGACGGGGACGGGGACGGCGACGAGCUCCGCAAGUUCCGGCGCUGGGCGUUCCCGUCGCACAACGCCACGGUGUCGGUGUUCUGGUCCCCGUUCCUGGUGAACGGCACGGAGAGGCCCAAGACACCGCCGCCGGCGGGCGGGCUGUACCACAACCAGAUCUACUUCGACCAGCCCGACGAGCGGUGGGCCGCCGAGGCCCCGGGAUUCGACGUGGUGGUGCUCUUGGCGGGGCAGUGGUACCUGAAUCCGGCCAUGUUCUACGACCGCGGCGCCUUCAUCGGGUGCCACCGCUGCCCGGAGGGCAACCGCACGGAGACGGGCUUCUUCGGCGUGUUCCGCCUCGCCGUCCGGAACGCGCUCCGCGAGCUCAUCGCCCGCGUCGCCUCCGCCUCCUCCUCGCCCGCCCGCCCCCGGCUGGCCGUGGUGACGACGUUCUCGCCGGCGCACUUCGAGGGGGAGUGGGACAGCCCGACGUCGUGCGCGCGCACGGAGCCGUACGCGCGCGGGGAGCGGGAGCCGCUGUACAUGGACGAGGAGAUGCUGCGCGCCGGGGUGGAGGAGGCCGCGGCGGCGGGCGCGGACGUGACGGCGCGCGGGGCGGGGCUGGCCGUGGAGGCGCUGCAGGUGACGCGGCUGGCGGCGAUGCGCCCGGACGGGCACCCGGGCCUGUACACACGGGCGUUCCCGUUCGCCGGCGGCGCCAGGGAGCGGAUGCCCAACGACUGCGUGCACUGGUGCCUGCCGGGGCCCAUCGACACGUGGAACGAGAUCCUGUUGCAGGUCGUCAAGCGAUGGGCCGACAGCGUCGACGCCGGCGCAGCGUCGGCAGCGCCGUCAAACUAGUCGUCGUACUCGUACCAGACUAGUAGAUUCGAAGUCAGGCUAUCUCCAACCGUCGUUCUUUAUAUCCUUCUCUAUCAUUCGUUUACAGAAUUCUCUACAAGAUUCUCUUCUAUAUCUUAUUUCUCUCCAACAAUGUUCUCUAAAUCUCGUUCUCUAUAGAUUAAAUUCUAUAUUAGAAACAUAUUUUGUUC